AUGACCGAUGAUCAAAAGGCUCUCGAUGAGCUUUCCAAGCGCUUUGCUGUGGAGAAGAUUGCCCCUGUUGCGGCUCAUCACGAUGAGACGGGCGAGUUUCCUUGGGACAUUAUCCGUGAGGCCCAUGGCCUUGGCUUGAUGAACGUCCACAUUCCCGAAGAGUUUGGUGGUCUUGGCCUGGGCGGCGUCGACUGCUGCAUCAUUGCUGAGAACCUGGCAUACGGUUGCAGCGGCAUUUCAACCGCGAUCGGCGGGCCCACGCUGGCGGAGAGCCCUCUGUUGGUGGGCGCCAACACCGAGCAGAAGAAGAAAUACCUGGGUCGCAUGACCGAGGAGCCUCUCAUCGCAGCCUACUGCGUCACCGAACCUGGAUGUGGCUCGGACGUCAAUGGCGUUCAAACCUCGGCCGUCCAGAAGGGUGAUGACUGGGUCAUCAACGGCAACAAGAUGUGGAUCACCGGUGCUGGCCAUGCCAACUGGUUCUUCGUCCUCGCACGCACCGACAAGGAUGCCAAGGCCAGCAAGGCCUUUACCGGCUUUAUCGUCGAUGGUGACACCCCCGGCAUCACCCUGGGCCGCAAGGAAGACAACAUGGGCCAACGGGCAUCGGAUACCCGUGCCGUUACUUUUGAAGACGUGGUCGUCCCCAAGGAGAACGUUCUGGGUGAAGUUGGCAAGGGCUUCCUUUUGGCCAUGAAGGCUUUCGACAUUACUCGCCCCGAAGUGGGUGCCGGCGCCGUCGGUUUGGCUCAGCGCGCCCUGGACGAGGCCACCAAGUACUCGCUCGAGCGCAAGACAUUUGGCGUCCCCAUCGCCAAGCACCAGGCCGUGGCCCACAUGCUGGCCGACAUGGAAAUCAACACGCAGGCCGCCCGUUGGCUCACGCUGCGCGGUGCUUGGGAGCUCGACCAAGGCCGCCCCCCGACCUUCUAUGCCUCGCAAGCCAAAGCUUUUGCUGCCGACAAUGCCAUUCGCUGCGCUCGUGACGCUGUCCAAAUCUUUGGCGGCAACGGCUACUCGCGAAGCAUGCCUGUCGAGAAGCUCGUUCGCGAUGCAGCCAUCUUCAACAUUUACGAGGGCACUGGCCAGAUCCAGCGCGAGAUCAUCUCACGCACCCACCUUCAAAACGCCAUGAACGGCAGCAUUCCCAUCUAA